AUGUCGACAACUAGUAAAUCAACCCCGCCAACGGAUGAUUACUCAAAGUUUGCAACUCCAUCGGCUUUGGAUGUACGGCAACCUGGAGAGACGGAAAUUGGACGAAAUGCUGGACCUUUUGAUCCACCAGUACAACUUCCAAACAAUUCUGAUGACAAUCGAGCAUUUCAAGAAAAUAUUAUUACAGUUCAUGGUUAUAUGCACAAGCAAGGGAAACGUACGAUCAAAGGACCAAUGCAUAAAAGUUGGAAACGACGUUACUUUGCAUUAGAAAAAGCAAAGAUUUAUUACUUUCAUUCACAUCAAGAAUGUCGUCAAUAUUUUACAACACGAAAUACGGAUCUAGUUGUUGGUGCUAUUGAAUUAAAAGAUGCUUUACAAUUGCGUCCAUGUGCUCGAAUGGAUCUUCCACAUCGAGGAUUUGAAGUCAUGACAAAGCGUCGUGUUUGGGUAUUAUGUCCUGAGACUGAUGACGAAUAUCGACUUUGGUUUGCAGGUCUCGAAGAAGCAAUUGUGGCUUGUGGAUCGGGUAAUAUUAUUGAACGUAAACUGCCGAAUGUUCGCAAGUAUUACAUGAAAGGUAUCACCACGUAUCGUGUUCUCUACUUUCUCUUUCUUUUACUCAGUCUUAUUGAGAUUUUUGGCUUGAUUUUCUGGUUUGUUGUUGGUAUUCAACCAUGCGAUUCAAGUAAUCGGACUUCAGUCUGUCAAGACGUUUAUGAUAAUACUCCAGAUGACCUACAAUGUCUUGCUGACCCCAUGAGUGGAUGGUACACGCCACCUGAUUGGUAUAUGACAUUAGCUGGUGUUGAUGAUGUGGCUUGUUUUCAUAAUCCACCUAUUGGCCAGUGGGUAGCAUUUUUUGCCCUUGUUGUUGCUGAGCUCGUGUCUAUUAUCCUUGGUGCUUUCUACUACCUUGGUAUGUGGAAACCCGUGCGUCGUGGUGCACACUACUUUGAUGAAUUUGAUCCUAAGGUACCGGAUGAUUUAUGGCCAAAGAUUGAUGUGCUAUUGUGUCAUUAUUCAGAGCCAGCUGAGGAAACUAUCGAUUCAUUAAUGGCGUGCAUGAAUCUACAAUAUCCGCCGCAUCUAUUGCAAAUUUAUGUCUUGGAUGACGGUUACUGUAGUGCAAAGUGGACGAAAGGCAAUCCUGUUCCUGCUAUCGAAUUAAACAAGGUAAUUCUUGAGAAAUCAGGUGAUUUACGUCAGGAAGUAGCGCAAUUUAUGUAUGAUCGUGUGUGUGAUCCUAAUGAAGAGAUGGAGGUGUAUGCAUGGCGCAAACUGCAUUCAUCUGCUAAUCUUCCGUCUAGUUCUCGACCAAAAGUAGUCAAUCGUGCGGAUUGCGCUGUUGGGUCCUUCCGUGACGAUUACCGCUACCCUGGUAUGCCUCAUGUAACCUUUAUUGGUCGAGUCAAGCCUGAAACGCAUUACUCGAAGGCAGGAAAUAUUAAUAAUUGUCUUUACAAUGAAGGAGCUACUGGACGAUACAUGCUGCUGCUGGAUUCCGAUAUGCAACCUCAUCCAAAGUUUAUUCUUGCGACGCUUCCGUUCUUUUUUGACGAUGAAGACCGUCAGCUGAAGAACAAAUACUCGUGUUCAUGCACGGGAUGCCAAAAUGUGGCUAAAAUGUGCUGUGCAUCAUGCAAGAUUGCCGGUGUACCGGAGGAGCGCAUUAGCUUUUGUUCAAAGGAGUGUUUUGAGAAUGCGAUGCACAUGCAGAGCGACUUGCAUCGUCGUCAAGUAAAUGGUACUUUAAGUGAUGUACAUACUACGAAGAAGGAACUUCGUUGUAUGAAUUGUAACUCAAAGCUUGGCAAAAGUGGAGAGUGUCGCAAGUGCAAUACGAACAAUCACAGUGGUGACGUAGGCAUGACGAUACUACAUACUUACUCAGAUGAUGUUCGUGACAAUGCCGUUGGCUUUGUGCAGACGCCGCAGUACUUUCGAGACUGUGUGCAAUUGCAGAUUGGUGAUCCACUCGGUCAUCGCAACUCUACAUUCUACGAUGCUAUACAGACUGGUCAGGAUGGCUAUGACUGUGCUUCAUUCGCUGGCACGAACGCUUUGAUUCGUCGAGAGGCUCUUGAUUCGAUUGGUGGAAUCCAGUAUGGUACUCUGACGGAAGAUUGCUACACUGGCGAGCGCUUGGUAUCAAUGGGUUGGAAGGCCUUGUACUUCCGCAAAGACUUUGAAGGUGAAAGUGAAGAACGUAUUCGUUUAGCAGAAGGACUGAUUCCCGACUCUGUGGCUGGAGCAAUGGCUCAGCGCAAACGAUGGGCCAAGGGUAAUUUCCAGACGGCUUUGAUGAAAAAAGAUAAGAAUGUUGCUGACCCAGAGUGGAAACGUCCUCACGUGGAUAUUCCCAAGUAUCGCAAACCGAACACUUUCAUGCGUCGUGUGUUUUACCUCAACUCGACAUUGUAUCCAAUUGACUCGAUUUCUGUUAUCCUUGUGUACUAUAUCACGCUCUACUUUCUGUACACGGGAUAUGCACCAAUUUUCGUAAACGGCCUUCGUGUGCUUGCAGCACUCGUACCGAAGCUCAUCGUACAAGGUUUGCUGUCAGCUUUGAGUACUCGUGGUGUACAAAAUAGCGAUGUCGUUCGUUCUCAAGAAACGAGAUUUGUGUACGCUUUUACAAACUUCACGGCCAUGCUUGGUGCUAUUGGAUGGAAGCUUACUGGUCGCAAGUCUCAAUGGCGUAGCAAACGUGAUGCUUCACGUGGAUCACUAGCUGAGCUACCAAAUGUGCUGCUAUUCUCUGGUGCAGUAUUUGGUAUUAUUUGGGCCACGGUACGCUACAUGGUGGCAUACUAUAACCGUGUCUUCUCUCAUGGUGACUCAAUGCUUUGCGCCGCCAUUCUUAUGGGAUUUCAUAUUGCAUACAAUCUGGGCCCAACCGUGCGUAUGAGCAUUCAGGAAUACUUUGGAUGGAGUUACCAAAGCUUGAUGGAUCAGGGAAAUUUUAUUGGCUCGAUCUCCAUUGCCGUUGGCCUGAUGUUUAUUUCACUAUGGGUACACGUUGAAAAGCCUGCCUCGGGUUAA